AUGAGAUCCUUACCUUUCCAUUAUCUUGGAGUUCCUCUGAAUUCUAAGAAGCUGAAUCUGGUGAGCUGCGAGCCACUGCUACACCAAACCAAGGCGAAAUUCUCUUCCUGGUCUGUAAAGUCACUUUCGUUUGCUGGUAGGUUGUUGUUGAUUAAGACCGUCAUUGCUGGGAUAAAAACAUUCGGGUGCUCCUCUUUUAUUCUCCCUAAAGCUUGCGUAAGGAGAAUCACCUCCUCUGUAGUGUUUUCAUGUGGAAAGGUGAUGUGGAGAGCAGAAACACAACAAGAAUUAGUUGGGAAACGAGCGGGGUCGGUAUGGGUAGCAUGGUUCAAAGAAAUGAUCCUAAAAGGAUCCCUAGCAAACUACUGGACGACUAAGCCUUCUAGUUCUUUCUCUUGGCUAGCGAACAAGCUCCUCAAGCUAAAGGAAACUGUGUUCCCCCUCAUCAAACUACAGCUUCAGAAUGACCAUUCUGCUUGUUUCUGGUUCGACAACUGGACUCCGUUUGGGAGUCUUUACUUGUUUCUGAAUGGAUCAACCUCCUGCUUGGGUAUCCCUCUAAAGGCAACUGUUGGAUCACUUGUUACCAACAGCAUAUGGUCCCUUCCUCCUGCAAGAUCAGACAAACAAUUGCAAUUACAAACUUUCUUAACUACGGUACAAUUGACUGAGGGAGAGGAUCAUUAUGAUUGGGAAAUUAAUGGGACCAAAUCAUCAAGGUUCCAGACAUGGAAGAUCUACACUUACUUAAGACCAGAACUAGCAAAGGUCCGCUGGGAAGGAGUUGUAUGGACAAAGCGGGGGAUCACAAGGCAUAACUUUCACAUCAGGUUGGUAGUCCAAGACAGGAUUCCUACGCGGGAUCGCCUCAUCAGAUGGGGUUUGCAAGUAAGCUCGGUGUGUCUCCUUUGUAAUGCAGCAGACGAAUUGCGAGAUCACCUCUUCCAAGAAUGCUCAUUCAUCUUUGAUGUGUGGGCUCUACUACAUGAUGACUCUGAUUACAACCAUUGA